AUGAUUUUUCAGUUUUUUUUAAUAGUAGUUUUUCUUCUUUUUUCACUAACAAGAGCUUCUCAUUUUCUCGGUGGUUCAUUUACUUAUCGACAUAUUGAGCAACCUAUUAAUCAUAACUCGUAUGAAUCAAUUGUAGUUGAAAUACGUUUUCAUAUGUCGGACCAUUAUUUUAUUUGCACACCAGAACAAAUUAAUGAACAUAUGAUUGUAUAUUUCAUUGGUGAAUCAGUUCCUUACGAUGAAAUCAAUCAUCGAUAUCUAUGGUAUGAAACAGAGUCAAUCAAACGAAAUAAAUAUUUCUACAAUAUUGAAUGUAUGAGUGAUUCUCAUAAUCGUGCGUGUAAACAUUUUCAAGAAAAAACUUGGGCCUAUUGUGAAAGUGCUAAUCAAAAUAAUGGUUAUUCGAUAUUACGACGUCAAUUUUUAUUAAUUUUUGAAAAAUAUAAACCAAUUCAGCUUCGUUAUUCUUCUUGUUGUUGGGCAAAUUCGACAGUGAAAAAUUUUCAUCUUGAAUUAUCUAUUGAAACCAAACUAAAUCGAAUAAAUUCAUCGCCUUAUCCACAUAUUCCAGCAUCUUAUUAUGUUGAUUUCAAUGAACCAAGAGACAUAAAAAUAUAUGUCUUCGAUGCUGAUAAUGAUGAAAUAGUAUGUGAACGAUUUAAAGAUGAUCUAGGCGGAUUUUUAACGGUUCAUGCUGAUGCCAAUUGUAAAUUGACUUAUCAAACGAAUCGACUCGGUAAACAAUUCGGUCAAUUUUGGCUAAUGGAUCGUAAUAACAAUCAAAUACUUUCGCGUUCUUUAAUUAGUAUUCAAAUACAUGUUUUAAAAGAUAUUAUUUGUAAUGUGCAGCCAGAAAUCGUUGUUGAAAAUAAAGCAGAUCAUUCUAAUAUAUCGACGAUUAAAAUAAAACAAUCAGUUAAUCUCACUGUCAAUCUUAAUCCUAAUUGUCUUUUAAUUGAACCUCAAGAUCAAACAAUAACUGAAUUGACGACAUUAUGUACAAAUAAUCAACCUGUCGUUUCAGCUAAUGGAGGUAUUGAAGUUAUAUUUCAAUGUUCACCAGAUCUAUGUGAAAAAUAUCAAAUAUGCUUUGUCGGUGAAUUCAGUCGUAAAUUACCAUCAACAGAAAUUAAAUGUUUCUCAAUCCAAGUUAUUGGCACUGACGAUGAAUGUGCACAUGCCAGUAGUAACCGCAGCUUCCUGAAACCUCCGAAUCGUCAUUUUGUCAUAGCAGAACCUAUUACUCGAAUAGAAAGUACGAUAACAUCAACAGCAUUAUCAUCAAAAUCUAUAGCAUCGAAGACAACAUCAACAUUACCAUGGCCAAUUUCAAAAGCAUCUCAUUCAUCAGAAGCUAAAUCUCGAAGAUGGUUAUGGAUUUCCGCUACUGUUAUGUUUUCUCUUUUCAUUGGUUUCAUUGGAUACGUUGGUUUCAAGAAAAAAUUAAUAACAUUUAUGCGGCAUUCGUUGGAUAGUGAUGGAUUUCGUUUAUCAAGUCGAAGUGAUAGCUCUAUUACUAUUACAUCGGAUGUUGCCCCAAUAUAUCCUAGUUCGAAACAAAUCAACGCAUCUCCUGGCCAUCAUAGUUCAUACGAUGAUUCGCCAGGAUCGCCCAAACGAGUAAAAAUUCGAGCACAACAUAUUAGACUAGGAGCUCUUGAUGAAGAGGAUUAA